AUAAGCGCGAAUGAGUGUCACUGCAUGAUAUGCAUCAUGGUCAAUAUGGCUGCUUUCGUAUCUCAUAGAAUUGAGGUGACUGUAUUUGCUUGAAAAAAAAACAAGAUGAUUUUCCAGUGAAUUAUCGCGGCGAGUAAACGUCCUGCUUGAUAGUCGAAUUACACGAGCGGCAGGAUUCGCCAGGGUUCACUGCGAUCACCAAAGAGAUCCCGCGCAAGUUGUAACUAUAUAAGUAUUAUAAAAAAAGCACAGCUUAAGAUGGUGAAGUUGUACGCAUUGACUGUUCUGUAUAAAAGUCCUACAUCGGCUACGACAUUGAAAGCUGCUUAUGAUGUAGAGUCAUUCUCGUUUUUUCAAAGAAAUAGUAUUAAGGAAUUUAUGUGUUUUGUCAGUAAAACUAUUGUUGAAAGAACACAGACGUGUGCUAGACAGAGUGUCAAAGAAGGAGAGUACAUGUGCCAUGUAUACGUGCGCGCCGACAAUCUUGCCGCAGUACUCAUCUCGGAUCACGAAUACCCCAGAAGAGUGGCGCAUACCUUGAUCACAAAGGUGAUGGAUGAGUUUGCAGUGAAAAAUCUGCCAUCGACAUGGCCUGAGCUCAAGGAGACCACUGCUGAUUUCCCACAGAUCAAUAUAUAUCUAGCCAAGUAUCAGAAUCCGGUUGAGGCGGAUGCGCUCACGAAAAUGCAAAAUGACCUAGACGAGACAAAAAUCAUCUUGCACAAUACCUUAGAGGCAGUACUGCAGAGGGGGGAGAAAUUGGAUGAUCUAGUCUCCAAGUCAGAGGGACUUAGCGCUCAGUCGAAGGCGUUUUACAAGACUGCACGGAAAACCAACUCCUGCUGUAGUUUAGCUCCUUAGGACGUAUGUUUCUUUAUCUUCAGCGAUCACUACUUCGAUAUUCCGAUAAAAAAAUGUGACUUUAUAAUCUUCGCGAUAUAGAAACGUAAACGAUAUUUAUAUGACUCGCGGAAAGGAUGAUAUGUGGGAGGAAGAAGGAAAGGUUUAGCUAACAAAUGAAGAGAUAUAAUGGAGGGUAAUCAAUUUAAUUUUUUUGAUGGAAUGUAAUUUGUUGAAUUUCUAAUUCAAUAACAGGCAAAAAGUAAACCACUGCCGGUUUCCUUCCAAUUAAAUGGAAUUUUUUAUAUAAAUGUUAUAUAUGCCCGUAGAAUUUGUCUACUUGCGAGAAACGGUCCUAAAUACAAUUGUGGUUACGUACGAGAAUUACUUCCAAGAUGAACUUUAUGCGAAGGCAAAUGAUUGUAAUGGAAUUUCUACAGUGUCAAAGGUCGCCUUAAACGUAACAUUCCGAAUGUUAAUGUGCCCUUUUUAUGUCUAAAAGAAAAAAAAGCGCAACUAUAGAAAUGUUAUCAUAAAAAUUUCGUGGAUCAAUAGAUAGAACUGGACGAAUAAUGUUUGAGCAAUUAAGUUCCAGUGUGUCGAAUCAUCAAUAUAAAAAUAUAUAUAAUCAAAAAGUUUUUGUGUUUGACAAAGAAACAUAAUUUUUCUGUAAUUUAUCGGAUAUAAUUUUAUAACUUCGUGCGAUUUUACUUAUAUAUAUAUAUAUAUGUAUAUAUAUAUAUAUAUGUGUGUGUGUGUACAGGUCACAUCCAUGUUACAUCCUAAUGUGAAAAAUAUUGUACAUACAUUCAAAGAUAUUGCCUAAUACUGAUGUAUGUACAGAUCAAUUCUUAUUCUUUUUUUAAUAUGAAUUAUCAUAUACAUCAUUAAUCAUCUCGAAAAAUGAAUAUUAUAUUAACAUUUAUUAUAUUACACAAGUUUUACCAAAUUGAUUAAUAAAUCAUAAAACGAUUACUUGUCAUUUGAGCUUCAAUGUAAUAAAACUUUGAGAAAUGUGUCUUGAGAAAAAAAAAAAAAGAAAAAAAUAUGUUAUAUGUAUAAUAUAUUUAAGUAACAUAUAAUCUUUAUACUAUGUAUGUUGAAGAGUUUCAUGUGAGCCAGUAAAUAUAUAAAUUAAUAUAUUUUUAAAUGUUAAUAUUAUAUGAUGUAUUCAUAAAAGAAAAAAGAUAAUUUAUACAUACAACAACACACAAUUUGAAAUAGAUUUAUCCAAAUGCGUGUAUUAUUGAGAUUAUUAUUAUUGUUAUUAUUAUUAAAACAUACAACU